AUGAAGCUGGCAUACCUUUUCCUUGGCCCCAUGGCCCUGCUCCUCUUGGCUGGUUGUGGCUGUGUCCUCGGCACCUACAGUGGGGACCUGCGCACCUUUGUGGGCUGUGCUGUGAGAGAGUUUACCUUCCUUGCCAAGAAGCCAGGCUGCAGGGGCCUUCGGAUCACCACAGAUGCCUGCUGGGGCCGCUGUGAGACCUGGGAGAAGCCCAUUCUGGAACCUCCCUACAUCGAAGCCCAUCAUCGAGUCUGUACCUACAAUGAGACCAAACAGGUGACAGUCAGGCUGCCCAACUGCGCCCCGGGAGUCGACCCUUUCUACACCUACCCUGUGGCUGUCCGCUGUGACUGCGGGGCCUGCUCCACCGCCACCACGGAGUGCGAGACCAUCUGA